AUGUCAAAUAAUUCAGGAUAUCUGAUUGCUUCUUUUGUACCUCUCUCUGUUCCAACAAGAUAUCUUUCAGCUGCAACAAAUAAAUCAAGAGCAUUAGACAAUGAUUAUGAUGUUAGAGUGACCAAUAAAAAUCAAGAACAUUGCUAUUUCUUAUUGGAAAAGGUUAGUGAGGGUGUAUACAAAAUAAGGCUCCUUACUUAACCUAAUCAUUUUGUUUUUUGUUCAAAUGAUAAUACAAGAAAAUUUAAAGAUUAAUUUGAUGUUAGAACUCAUGCAUUUGAUGAAAAAAGAAAUAAUUGGAUUAUUGAAAAUGCUGGAUGGAGUUGUUUCACAAUUAGAUCAGAAACUAACCCUGAUUAAUAUAUGUUUAUUGCUGAUGAUUUCUCUAAUUAACAUAAUGGAGAAUUUGAUGUUAGAACACAUUCCAAUAAAGAUUAAGAAAAAAAUCUUUGGUUUAUUGUAAUUACACCAAAUAUUCUUCAUCCAUAUCCUUCUGUAACUCAAAAAAUGACUGUUUAAUUUAAACCUUUACAUAUUCAAAAUAAUUAUUUAACUAUUUCAGAUGCUCAUCCUUAAUUUAAAUCAGACUUUGUAGCAAAAAUCACUACCACUUAAAAUUUAAAUUCUUCCUUUUACCUAGAAUAAGUUCAUGAUAAUAAGUAUAUUAUUAGAUCAGCAUCUCAUCCACUUUAAGUGCUUUUUGUAGCUAAUGAUAAAUAACAUAAUAAAUGGGGAGAUUUCGAUGUCAGAUUUCAUUCAUUUAAUGAAGAAAGAAACAAAUGGAUAAUUGAGCAAGUUGGAAAGAAUGAAUGGACUAUUAAAUCUGCUUCUAAUCCUGAUUAAUUUUUAUUUGCCGUCUAAGAUGAAGCAAAUGGAAAGGAAUUCCCUAUUAGAACUCAUCCAUGUGUUGAAGAUAGGAAUAAAUGGUUUAUUGAAGGAUUUUAAAAAUGA